CAAACAUUCAUUCCUUGGGUCCUUUCUUCACCCACUGUGAAGCAAGAUGGCUGUGUGGACAUUUCAGAGUCUCCUUCUCUGGGAAGUGUUGCUCCCAGCUGUCUGGGCCCAAGUUCAGGGGCUCGUGGGGGGCUCUGUGUUGCUGAAAGCAGAAGUAUCCCCUGGUUUCCGAGUACGUGAUGCCAUCUGGAGGUCCCUGUGGCCCUCAGAAAAGCUUAUGGCCACAUUCUUCCGUGGGGAACCAGAGAUCCUAUAUGACUCACGAUUCCUGGGCAGGAUCCAGCUGCAUAGCAACCUCAGCCUGCAGAUCCAGCCACUGGAACAAGGGGACAGCGGCAACUUCUCACUUCUGCUGGUGGACACCAAGGGCCAGACUGAAAGCCACACCCUGCAACUCACUGUGUAUGAAGCAGUUUCCAGACCCACAGUGCAAGUUUUCAUUGCUGUAGCAGGUGGCACGCAACCACUCAGGACCUGCCAAGUCUUCCUGUCCUGUAUGGUUCCUAAUAGCAGUGCAGUGACCUACAGCUGGCAGCGAGAAGGCUCAGCUGAGCUUUGGGAUCCCCAGCAGCGUCUCUUCAUGGAUAGUCAGGUGCUGAGGAUCUCUUUAGGGCCAGGGGAUGAAGAUACCAUCUACUCUUGCAUUGUGUCCAACCCUGUCAGCUGGGAUUCGGUGGCCGUCAUCCCCUGGGAAAGUUGCCUCCAGAAUACUGGACCAGGGGAUAAAUCCUACAAAGACAUCCUGCUAUUGGCAGUGUCCAUCUCCUUGUUCUUGCUGCUGGCUGGAAUCCUCUCCAUAUGGCACUGUGCCCUCUGCUCAGGGAAAAAGAGGAGAAACAACUCUCUGAAUAGUAGGACUACAGAAACAGAGACACCGCUGGUAUAGUUUGACUGCCAAGAAUGCUUGGAACACCAUAAGCCAGGGCUGCUGGGAUUGUCCUUGGAUUAUUCAAGCCCAUGGUGACUUAGGGAAUGGCCUGGAACUUUUAAAUUACCCCCAAGAUCUUCACCAGUCUGAAGAAGUUCUUUCAUUCCCUGGGAUAUUGGUUGUAGACAACUCAUACUAAGAACCUCUGGACUCCUUCCUCCUCCAUAGGCCAAUGGAGUAAAUUCUCAAGGGAAGAAGGGAUUGCUCAUCUUUCUAAGUGGCACAGCAUCUCCCUAGAAUUGUGAGGAGAAAGUUCAGAGGGAGUUUCCUAGAAGGAUCGGAAAGUUUUGUGGAAAUAAUUGGAGAAUGUCUGACCAUAGGGACCAAGGACCCUGUAGAUAUAUAUUGGUCUGGAACAUUACCUCUAUGGUUGCUGUUCAUUAUGGCACUGACCACUUGGGCACCACCAAAACUGAUACCAACUAUCCAAAGUUUUGCUACAGUGCUUGGCAAACAGUGGGUGCUUAAUAAAUGCAUGAUGAUUGAUAUGAACAGGAUUCCAAAGCACUGGAAAACAUUAGACAGAGUCUGGCUAUGGAGCCAAUGUGCAUUUGAAUUUAAAAAAAAAAAAAAAGGAACUGUGGUCCUCUUUCUUGCCUCCUACUUUUAGCCCUAACUUGGAUUUCUUUUGGAAUACUUAAUGUUUCCUGAUCUUCCUAAUUUUCCCCUCUCCCAAAAAGAUGAGAGAGGGAAAAUAGGUUUAAAAAAGGGAUAGUUUGUGUGAUGUUGGGUAAGUCAUAACCUCUAUGGGUCUCAGUUUUCUCAUCUAUAAAAUGAGGGGUUGGACUAAAGGAGUUCUAAAACUGCCAUCCAGAUUAAUAUUCUAUGAUCCCAUGAUUCCCUAUUCUGUGGUGUUCUUUUUCUUCUUUAAAAUAUAUAAUAAUAAGAUGGUUCUCUCUGGAAGAAAGCAGGUUUCUCGGGGAGGUUUUCUGAGGCAGCCUUAGUUGCAGUUGAAUAAUAUCACUCCAAAAUGCAACCAGGUGCUGAAAGUUCACAUCUUUUAUUGUGUCCUUCAAUAUAGCCCGGUUAGUUUUUCUUAGAGGCCUCUCUCUCUCCUUGGUUCUAAGAACUCGUGAAGUUUUGUCCUUUGCUUCUGCCUCUGCCUCCAGCCAGCAUCAAGGUAAAAGUUGUAAUGAAUCUUUCUUGCCUCCGAGAGAGGGCUUCUGGCUCUCCCAGAGUGCUCUGUGUCUGGCUCCUCUCCAAUCUAAUUCAGCUGAACUCCCCUGACUGGGCUCACUGAAGCUCUACUUAUGCUUUUUCGAGAGAGAGGGAUUGUGGGAUGCGAGAGAGAGGGAUUAUGGGUUUCUUCCCAGAGUGCUCUCCAGCCCUAAGAGCUUCAAGGAAGGUGUGAAUUUACAAAGUUACACAGUUAACUUUGUGAAUCUCCCAUACUUGUGAAUUCCAAUGAGUACUUAAAUACUUCUUGCUUAUAUGAGCUCUCUAAAGAUGUGAACACAAGUAUUAUUGUCUAUCAGUUCUACUUAGUACCUUGUUUCAGGUUCUGGCCCAAAACAUCUCCUUGUAAGAUCAGAUCAGUGAUACUGAACCUUGCUAAAUUAGAUAUUGUCUCUAUCAACUCUAAUGACUUAACAAUUUGUAAAGAUUCCAAAUCUACUCUACCCUGGAAAUCAUUUGUUUCAAUGGGAGGCAAACAGAAUAAUCAAUAAAUGUUGCCAACUAUAUCCACUGAGCCUGACACCUACUUAGAGAGAUAUUCAAGAUGUCCUUUGUGGAUCAACCAUCAGGAAAAGAAGUGUGGAUUCCAAAUAUUUAAUUUACUUCCCCACAUCCAGAAAAAAAAAAAAUACACGUAUCUUAACACUUUGAUAACAGCUUGAAUUUAUAUAAGGUCUGCACUAGAAUGAUGUCAAUGUUGGAGAGAUGAGAUAUGUUUUAAAGGUAGAAUGAAUAGGACUUAGCAACAGAUUAGUUAUCAGAAGGUGAGAUAGUGAAGAGUUGAGACUGACUGAAUUGUGAGUUUGGGUGACUAGAAAGAUGAUGGUGCUCGCAACAAUAAAGAGAGGGGACUAUUGAGGGGAAAAUAAUGUGUUCUAUUUUGACCACUAGUUGGAGACAUCCACUAAGUAGUUGGAAAUUCAAGAAUAAGGACAAGAAGGAGAUUAGAGCAGAGUAAAUGGAUCUAAGAAUCAUUUGCAUAGAGAUGACAAGUAAUAAUUGAUAAUAUUGCCAAGUAAAAUAAAAUUGAGAGAGAAGACAAAAAGGCCCAGAACAGCGUUUUGGAGGACGCCUAUGAUUUGUAGAGACAAUCUUGAAGAUCUGUCAAAGAAGACUAAGAAGGAAUGGUCAGAAAGGGAGAAGGGAGACCAGGAGAGAAGUGCAUCUUGAAAACCUAGAGAGAAAGAAAUGUCAAAGGUGCAGGUUGAGGUCUGAGAAAAGACUAUUGGAUUUAGUAAUUAGGAGAUCAGUGGUGACUUAGGAGAAAGCAGUUUUCACUGAAUGAUGAGACAUAAAAUCAGAAUGAAGAAAUAAGCAAGUAGAAGAAAAGGAAAUAAAGGCAUUGAUUAUGGAUGACCUAAAGUUUCAAAGGGGAAGACAAAUGUAGAAUAUAAAUAGUUAGUGAUGAUAGAUGGGUCAAGUAAGGGAUUUUUUUAAGGCUGAGGGAAAGUAGUAGAAAAACAGCCAGAAGAUGUGGUGAGAUUAAAAGUAAGUAAGACUGUACAUAAUAGUGGGGACAAUCUGCUGGAGAAGAUGGGAUAGAAUAGAUUCACUUGUGUAUAUAGUGGAGUUGGCCUUGGAGAGAUAAAGCCCUCCCAUUUCCUCUUUUCCCAUUCCUUUCAGCAGGGAAGUUGUUCAAAGCCCGCAUACCAACACCCCAACCAGCCUAUCUUUCCC